GUAUUGUGGCGCCCAGUGGAUCAUCCCGUUUGUGUGUGUAGUUUGCCGCUCUCACACAGUGGAAUUUUCCUUUGUAUUGUACACCGACAACAGCUCAGGUGAUUUCCACCUGAGUGACUUUGGGAGGAGGUGGUCAAAGUUCCAAGUCUAAAGUCAACAAACUGCCAGAGACGUUAAAAUGAAGAACCCGAUCAGCACCUGCUCCUAUAACCAACUGUACCAAAAUGUUAAAUGUUUUUCAAAAACUGGAGAGAACUUCUGCAAAGAACUCUUGACAGUUUUCCAACAAAGGGCCGAGCUGGAGUUCACAUACUCCAAAGGAUUGCAAAAGCUGGCUGGAAAAAUCAUCAAAGUGUCGAAGGGAAUGUCAAACUAUUCCACCUACAGAACAUGGUGUCAUGUGUCAGACGAAAUGUAUUCCAGAGCAGAUGCCCACAGAACACUGGGAAAUGCUUUACAGCAAGAAGCCAUUCAGGAGUUACGCCAAGUUUUAGAUGAGCACAAUAAGAGGAAGAGACCACUCGACGGCACUGUCGAAAGAAGUGGGAAACUUGUUAUUGCCAACUGGAAUGACCAACUCAAGAUGAAGAAGAAGCUGACCGGAAUAACUAAAGAGCAUGAGGCUCUGUUCAACUUUGUUGAGCAAAACAAACCAAUUUGCACAGAGAAAGAAAAACAAAAGAUGCUUAACAGGCUGACAAAAUCAGCAGAAAUGCAGGCACGAGUGGAUGAGGAGUACUUUGACAUCAACAUGGAAGGUCACCAGAUGAGACUCAAGUGGGAAAACACACUGAAAAGCUGCUUCCAGAUCAUACAGGAACUGGAGAAACAGAGAAUUGAAAUCCUAUGUAACAUUUUGAAUAGAUACAACCUCCAUAUGUCCAGUUUUGGACAGACUGUCGUACAUGGCCAAAAGCAGCUAGAGCAAUCUGUUCAAAGAGUGGACAUGGACAAAGACUUACAAAUGUUGGUUGAGGAAAACAGUAUUACAACCGAAGAUAACAAAGCAGAGUUUUUGAUGGCUGAUUAUUUUGAGGAAGACAGCAAGUCACUGAUGGAAAGAGACAGAAGAAGACAAGCUAUUAAGCACAAACUCCAACGUCUGGAAGACAGCAUUGCAAAAACACAAAAAGACUGUGAAGGGCUUGAAAAACUAAUGAAAACAUACUCUGAAAAUCCAUCGUUUUCAAAUCAAAAGAACCUCGAGGAAACUGAACAGCAGCUUGAUGAGAAUACCCUAAAACUGGAUCUCCUUGAGGCCACUCACUACAAACUCUCUCUAUCACUGUCUGAAUUAGAGGGGAAGCCCAAGUCCUGUCACAGAUUCAGCGACAACAUUACGAAAUGGAAAGAUAAGGACGGUGCGCACAGUGUGGUUCAACUGACUCGUCCUGUCAAAAUCAAGAAGACACCCUUCAGAUCUCGUCAAUCACUGAGGGCUUCCAUCAUUUACAAAGGACCUGCUCAGGCUGCCAGACAGGUGGAGCCUUCAGUCACACCAAAAUAUGAAAGUGCAGCUGUACAAUGUGACAGCACCAUGAACAGAAUACUGCCUCAAACUGGUGAUGAUCAAGGACAAGAUCCAACCAAAGCGGAAUGGUGCUGUAUUGGACAAUGCAAAGCCCUCUAUAAUUAUGCAUCUGAACAAACUGACGAGCUGAACUUGAAAGAAGGGGACCUUCUAGAUAUCUACAGAAAAGAAGAAAAUGGUUGGUGGUUUGGCGCCCUUAAUGGCCAGAUGGGACAUUUUCCAUCAACCUACAUUGAAGAGCUACCAGUGUUCAGCAGUGUGAAGUCAUCUGAUGCCUGAUCUGCCAGAUUUCACAGCAAAAAAAAAAAAAAAAAAAAAACUCUCACCAAGAAUCAAUGCUUAACAUUUACUCUUAAAA